CUUGCGUUGUUCUGCCUCUCUGCGAUGGCCACGUAUAUUUGGACUGUAUGCUCCAAAAUACCCUAUUUAUUCUGUGAACCCUGUGCUCCCACUUAUCUUUUCCCUCUGCACAUUCAUCGCAGCACUCGCAUGCAUACUUCGCUGCUCCGCCACUCCCAGGUACACUUGGUUGUUUUCUAAUUGGAGCAGAUGAAGAGGAGGAUGCUUAUGUAGUGGUGAUUUCUAGGGGGUUGUUUUUUGAUGGUGAUAAAGGAAACUUGGUAAUAGAUUCGAUGCGUGGGUGAGGCUUUCGGUUGAUGGUUUUGAAUCGUCUGUUGCAGUGCCUGCUGUUGCGAAGAACGAGGGAGAAGAGCAGCGAGUACUUCAAAUGCAAGGGGAACACUCUGGGGAUCUGACGGGAAAUAAGUGGAUGGCAUUUGAGAUUGAGAAUGAGCCUAGCAGAUUGCAGACAAUGUCUUCUGACAAUGGAAGUGCAGACUUAGAUGGAGAUUCAAAGGGAGCACGAGCUGAAAAGAGCACAGAAAGGGGAGUUCCGGUGGAGGUUAAAAUAGCUCAGAGAACUGCCGAAUGGGGGCUUAUGGUUAGGACAGAUGUAAGUGAUGGUAGUUUUCUUGCUGUUGGUACAAGCUCGAGUAAUCCAUUAGGAGAUGUAGAUAAAAGAACGAAUUCUAUGGAAAGACAUGGAGCUGGAUCAACAAGGUCAUCAGAGGAAUCAAAUAUUGGUAAUGAGUUUCCGCGGGUGUCUCAAGAGAUAAAGGAAGCUUUGGCAACACUUCAGCAGACAUUUGUGGUUUCUGAUGCAACAAAGCCGGAUUGCCCUAUUGUCUAUGCUAGCAGUGGCUUUUUCACAAUGACAGGCUAUUCCUCGAAUGAGAUUAUUGGAAAGAAUUGCCGUUUUCUACAAGGCUCCGAAACAGACCAAAACGAGGUAGCCAAAAUAAGGGAUGCAAUAAAAACAGGACGAAGCUAUUGUGGAAGGCUUCUGAACUACAAGAAAGAUGGCACUCCUUUCUGGAAUCUACUGACAGUAACUCCAAUCAAAGAUGAUAAAGGAAGAACUAUAAAAUUUAUUGGAAUGCAGGUUGAAGUCAGCAAAUACACGGAGGGGAUGAAUGAUAAAGCACUGAGGCCCAAUGGAUUACCAAAGUCACUAAUUCGAUAUGAUUCUCGCCAAAAGGUAGAAGCUUUAGGAUCCAUCAUAGAGGUGAUACAGACCCUUAAGAAUCCAAAGUCUCACAUGCGGUCUAGGAGCCAUGACAUUGGCUCCAGGACUGAACUUGAGAAGUCAAGCAUAGAUCAAGUGCUCCCUGGACCAUCUGAAAUGGUAUAUAAAGGUACACCUCGACGACAGACCUCUGUAAGAGAUCCAAAGAGUAACUUACCUAGUCCUGUCCCUCGUCAAGACACAAGCAAUAAGUCUAGAAAAUCUACCCGUCUUUCAUUAAUGGGGUUCAAGCGGCGGUCUACACACAGUGCAGAAGAAGAUGAGCAAGUUAUUGAGCCUGAGAUCUUAAUGACAAGAGAUGUAGAACGGACAGACAGUUGGGAACGUGCAGAUAGAGAAAGGGAUAUACGCCAAGGGAUUGACUUGGCUACAACAUUAGAACGCAUUGAAAAGAAUUUUGUGAUAACCGAUCCCAGACUUCCUGAUAAUCCUAUUAUAUUUGCAUCUGAUAGCUUUCUUGAGCUUACCGAGUACACCCGUGAAGAAAUUUUGGGACGGAAUUGCAGGUUUCUUCAGGGACCAGAAACUGAUCAAGCAACUGUUGGAAAGAUAAGGGAUGCUAUCAGGAACCAAAAGGAAAUUACUGUUCAGUUGAUUAAUUAUACAAAAAGUGGGAAGAAAUUUUGGAAUUUAUUUCACUUGCAACCUAUGCGUGAUCAGACGGGUGAACUCCAAUAUUUCAUAGGCGUCCAGCUUGAUGGAAGUGAUCAUAUGGAACCGUUGAGGAACCGUCUCUCAGAAAGAACAGAACAACAGAGUGCUGUGUUGGUCAAAGCUACAGCAGAAAAUGUCGAUGAAGCUGUUCGAGAACUUCCUGAUGCCAACUUGAGGCCAGAGGACCUGUGGUCUAUGCAUUCUCAACCUGUAUUCCCGAAACCUCAUAAAAGGGAUAGCGCUACAUGGGCAGCAAUAAGAAAGAUAACUGAAACUGGUGAAAAGAUCGGCUUGAAUCACUUCAAACCCAUACGACCAUUGGGAUGUGGAGAUACUGGAAGUGUUCAUUUGGUGGAACUAAAAGGCAGCGGUCAGUUGUUUGCAAUGAAGGCAAUGGAUAAAUCCAUGAUGCUGAAUCGUAACAAGGUCCAUCGAGCUUGUGUUGAAAGAGAAAUUAUUUCACUCCUGGAUCACCCUUUUCUUCCAACGCUGUACACAUCUUUUCAGACACCCACACAUGUUUGCUUAAUAACAGAUUUUUGUCCCGGGGGAGAGUUAUUUGCAUUGCUUGACAAACAGCCCUUGAAAAUGUUUAAAGAGGACUCGGCCAGGUUUUAUGCAGCAGAGGUUGUCAUUGGCUUGGAAUAUCUUCAUUGUUUAGGAAUAAUUUAUCGUGACUUGAAGCCUGAAAAUAUUUUACUUCAGAAGGAUGGGCAUAUUGUGUUAACAGAUUUCGAUCUCUCAUUUAAGACAGCUUGCAAACCUCAAGUUAUAAAGCAUCCCCCACCUAAAAGCAGACGGUCCAGGAGCCAGCCGCCUCCAAUUUUCUUGGCAGAACCAAAUACUCAAUCAAAUUCGUUCGUUGGAACUGAAGAAUAUAUUGCCCCGGAAAUUAUCACUGGUGAAGGUCAUAGCAGUGCUAUUGACUGGUGGGCACUUGGUAUCCUGCUCUAUGAGAUGCUUUAUGGACGCAGUCCUUUCAGAGGAAAGAACCGGCAAAAAACCUUUGCCAAUAUCUUGCAUAAAGACCUCACCUUCCCGAGUAGCAUCCCGGUAACACUGCCAGCAAGACAGCUAAUCCAUGCUCUGUUAAAUCGAGAUCCAGCCAGCCGCUUAGGUUCGAAUGGUGGAGCAAAUGAGAUCAAGCAUCACCCGUUCUUCCGAGAAAUCAAUUGGCCCCUCAUUCGCUGCAUGAGCCCUCCGCCAUUGGAUGCACCUCUUCAGCUAAUCGGAAAAGAAUCAGUCGCAGGAGACGCCGGCUGGACAGAAGAUGUUCUCGCUCAACCAAUGGAAUUAUUUUAGAGGGCUAUUUGUCGUCAUUACAUUCGAAUUAGCAAUUGGUACACACAAGUUGCUCAUAAUCCGUCAUCAGGUUUCUCUCUAAACCCGGCCCUCGUGCAUAUAUAUGUAUGUAUAUGUCCUUAGUCAGCAUUUUUGUUGUCUUGAAUACGAAAGGAGUCGAGGUACUGUGUCGAUUAUGUUAUGUUGACGACGGCCAUGUAAUUAUGUUUGUAUGUAUGUAUGUACACAUAGCAGCACUCUUUAGCUAUACGCAUCGAUUGAUUCGAUACUGCCUGCUACUACGAAGUGAAACACUUUGGUGUUUUAUAAUUAUGUAUUUAAGCUUGUAAUAUAAAUAUCUGUUCAAUAAGCAUACAAACUAUUUGCUUGCCAA